UGCUCCGAGCGCUCCACUUUCCUUUCUCACUGACGAAUGCGAUACGUGGAAACCGGGUGAUCCGGCGCGGGAUUCACCGGUGACGGAGCGCCUGGUGUCAUGUUUUCCACGGAGAACUUCCACGCGCUGAGCCAUGGAGACCCGCGCCAGCAACCUGCGGUGAGCGGCAACGGUGCAGAGAUGACGGGAGGCCCGUGCUCCCAGAAGCUGGGCUCCCGUUCUGCCAGGCACAUCCGUCUGCUUCUGCUCAUCCUCAUCCUCGCGAUCUGCGCAUUCGCAUGCGUUCUGUUGGUACUGUUGGCAUUCACAGGUGUCAUAGGGAGCACUUUAAUGGAGUCAGCUGAUUCCCGCUCUCUGGACAUCACAAUGAGCCCAACUGCCACGGAAAACACCUCUUCCUCUGGCGUUCCCAUGACGACGACACCUUCAGGGGCAACUACUGUCCCUCCGCCUCACACUCAGGGCAUGGGCCACUGGAGACCCCGCGCCGACAACUCUUCAUCAGCAUCUUCAUCUUCACCACCAUCUUCACCAUCAUCAUCAUCAUCAUCGUCACAGUUAACAUCAACGUCGUCAGCGUCAACAUUGUCUUCAUCUUCAUCAUUAUCUUCCUCACCCUCUCCACUUCCCCAGACCACACCUCCUCACAAGCUCCCUUAUGAUUGGCAGACGACUACAGCAAGCAUCCUGGGGAUUUUAAACACGCCCACUGUUGAGCCGACCACUGCUGCGCCAGACUUGGGCAUAUGUAUGGACAUCAUUGAGCCUCAGUGCCACAUGUUGCCAUACAACCGCACCGGUGUGUCGUCAGGAACGACUGUGGUCAAGAGCAGCGAGCUGGAGAUGUUCCUGAAGUUCUUCUCCUACCUCAGCCGGCUGGGCUGCUACACACACAUCAUGCUGUUCGGCUGCAGCCUUGCCCUCCCACAAUGCAUCGGCAACGGCACUGACCGGCGUCUGGUGUAUCCGUGCGUAGGGUUCUGUGAGGCGGCGAGGGAGGGCUGUGAGCCCGUGCUGCAGAUGUUCAACACCUCCUGGCCCGACUUCCUGCGCUGCUCCCAGUUCUCCAACGGAACGGUUCCACUGCCGCGGCCCACUGCCACACCAGAACCCGUGUCUGGAACACUGACCGCCAGAGCAGCGGGAGACCCAGGCCUCUGUUACACUCCGCGGCACAUUAGGGGCAAGCCCUCUUUGUGUGGUGGCAGGGACAACUUCAUGUGUGCGACAGGGAUUUGCAUCCCCCACAAGCUGGUGUGCAACGGCUACAACGACUGUGAUGACUGGAGCGAUGAGGCAGACUGCAGCUGUCAGGAGGACGAGUUUGAGUGUGUGACCGGCCGCUGUGUGAGCCCUGCUCUGCUGUGUGACGGCUACGACGACUGUGGAGAUCUGAGUGACGAACACAACUGUGUGUGUGAUGCUCAGAGGGAGCAUCGGUGUGGAGAUGGACGGUGUAUUCCUAUAGACUGGCUGUGUGACGGAGAUCAUGACUGUGUAGACAAGAGUGAUGAGGUCAACUGCUCGUGUAAGGCCCAGGGCUUGCAGGAGUGUAAGAAUGGACAGUGCAUCCCCAGUGCCUUCCGCUGUGAUGGAGAGGAGGACUGCAAGGACGGGAGUGACGAGCACAACUGCACACACACACAGACCCAGAGUCUUUGCACUGCAGGCUGCACCUCCAAUUCAUGUCCCUCUGGUUGCCAAGGCAGUGUCCCCUGUGAUGGACACAACUCCACCUGCAACCGCUGCGAGCCCAUCUCCUUGGAGCUGUGCAUGAACAUGCCCUACAAUGGCACCAUCUUCCCCAACUUCCUGGGCCACCGGUCGCAGCGUGAGAGCUCGGUGAGCUGGGAGGCCAACCUGUUCCCUGCGCUGGUGCAGACCAGCUGCUACCGCUACCUCAUGUUCUUCGCCUGCACACUGCUCGUGCCCAAGUGUGACCCGCACACCCACCAGAGGGUCCCACCCUGCAGGUCUCUGUGCAGGAGCUCUAAGGAGCGCUGUGAGUCAGUACUAGGCAUUGUGGGAUUGCCGUGGCCAGAGGACACUGAUUGUGCCCAGUUCCCUGAGGAUGGAGGGGGCACUUCCUGUCUGCUCCCUGACCCCAAUGUGGACGAGUGCUCACCGAGCCACUUUAAGUGUCGUUCUGGACGGUGUGUGUUGGCCACCAAACGCUGUGACUCACACAUGGACUGCGAUGAUGACAGCGAUGAGGAGAAUUGUGGCUGUGUGGAGCGGGGGCUGUGGGAAUGUCCAGGAGACAAAGCCUGCAUCAGCCACUCCAUGAUCUGUGACGGCUUCCCCGACUGCAGCCUCAAGGAGGAUGAGAGCAACUGCUCGGUGUGUAAUGACAAUGAGCUGGAGUGUAACAAUCACGAGUGUGUGCACCGAACUCUCUGGUGUGAUGGCAAGAAACACUGUUCGGACAGCUCUGAUGAAUGGGACUGUGUCGCUCUGUCCAAUGCCUCGGCAGCGUUGAGUGUGUCUCGCUCCGGGGGGGAAUACCAGGUGUGUGCCGACGGCUGGAGCCCUCCGCUCAGCGAGCUCACCUGCAAGCAGCUGGGUUUAGGGCCGCCUGAGUCCACAAAAGAGGUUGAGGAGUCUGGAGUGGCCAGACGGCGUUGGCUACACGUGUCUCAAGAGUCCCACCAGCACAACAGCAGUGCCCUGCAAGCACUCUUGGAAAAGAGAAGUCAUUCCUGUGUAUCCCGCAAACAUGUGGCUGUGGAAUGUGGGACAGAGGACUGUGGGCGGCGGCCGGCGGUGCGUCUGGUGAAGAGGAUUCUGGGAGGUCGUGUGAGCCGGCCAGGCCGCUGGCCGUGGCAGUGCUCCCUGCAGAGCGAGCCCAGUGGACACAUCUGUGGCUGUGUCCUCAUCGGCAAGAAGUGGGCACUCACUGUAGCACACUGCUUUGAGGGGCGUGAGAGUGCGGACGUGUGGAAGGUGGUACUGGGCAUCAACAACCUGGACCACCCGUCGGUGCACACGCAGACCCGUGGUGUGGCCAGCGUGACAUUGCACCAGCGCUACAGCCGGGCCGUGGUGGACUAUGACAUCAGCGUGCUGGAGCUGGACCGCGAGGUGGAGAUCACGGGCCACGUGCGACCCGUCUGCCUGCCCCGCCCCGGUCAGCUGCCCCUGCCCGACACCUACUGCUACAUCACCGGCUGGGGGCACGUGGGCAACCGGAUGCCAUACAAGCUGCAGGAGGGGGAGGUGCGCCUCAUCUCCCUGGCCCAGUGUCAGUCCUACUUCGACAUGAAGACCAUCACCUCACGCAUGCUGUGUGCCGGCUACGAGUCAGGCACCGUGGACUCCUGCAUGGGUGACAGUGGGGGCCCUCUGGUGUGCCGUGAGGGGGAUGGCCGCUGGCGUCUGUAUGGCCUGACCUCCUGGGGCUCGGUGUGCUUCUCCAAGGUGCUGGGGCCUGGCGUCUAUGCCAACGUCACCCACUUCACCAGCUGGAUCCAGCGCCAGAUCUACCUGCGCACCUACAAUCUGGACUAAUGACACACACACACACACACACACACACACACACACACACACACACACACACAUACAUGCACAUACACAUACACAUACACAUACACACACAUACACACACACACACACACACACACACACACACACGCACAAUGUAUACAGUACAUACAUGUAAACAUACAUACAGAGAUCUCUCAUACUUUGACUCACAUGUUUCUGUAUGUCCACACACUCACUCACAUGUUGGAUCCAGUGGCAGAACUACCUGUGCUUGUUCCAGCUUAAACACUGCAGUGGAAGUCUGAAGAGAGAGGGGGGGUGGGGGGGUGGGGUAUGAAUGAGAGAGGGUACAUAAGCUUUCAGUGAAAGUGCUUCCCUAGUGCCUGUUUGUUUGUCCACGUGUAUCUGACUUUGGCAGACAAGUGCAAGUCUUAGCUUCUUUUUCUUCUCAUCAAGCUUUCCAAUGACAACACUUUUUGCACCAAAUGUGUGUGUGCGCGUGCUCGUGUGUGUGCAGAGGAAGGUUUAAGGCAGAUUUGAAGAGCUGAUUACGACCAAAUUCAAUAGAACUGCAGUUGGCAAGCAUACGUCUCUCUCUUUCUCUCCCUCUCUCUUUCUCUCUCUCUCUCUCUUAUUCUCACUCUUGAUCUCCCUUUCUCUCGUCCGACAUGGGGACCUACGUUUAAUGUUUUCUUUUAGUGUGUUAUGUUUUCUUAUGUAUAUGAAGUUGCAAUGCGUAAAUGCAUAAUGAUACACACAAACAUACACACAAACUUGGACACACACUGUCUGUUUCAGUGUGUCAUUAUCUUGUACAUGGAUGUUUGUGUGUGUGUGUGUGGCCAUGUCUGUGACUGUUAUGCAAUGAUGCUGCAAAGACACUUUUGUUGGCAGUGUGUGUGUGUGUGUGUGUGUGUGUGUGUGUGUGUGUGUGUGUGUGUUUUCUCCUGACUAAUGUACUUUCUGAGACCACACACACACUACAGCUGUGAAUACACUUCCUGACUCUUCACCUUUCAACAUCAACAGUCACUGACCUGUAGCAACUGAUUUCUGUGAGUGUGAGUGUCUUAUGUGUGUGUGUGUGCGUGCAUGCAUGUGUUUGUAGUUAUUCCCAUUGUGUGUAUGUAUGUGUGUGUGUUUGUGUUGUGUAGGCCUAUGUGGAUGUGUUUUUGGUUUUCUAAAACUGUUUGUGUGUGUUUUGCGUGUCCUUUCUCUCAGUGUGCUAGAACAUUCCGUGUAAAGUUUUUUGCGUUGUGAUUUUUUAAGAGUAUUUUUCUACUGCUUUCUGUGGCUCUGCUCUCUCACCUGCUCUCUGGUGUAUCAACAAUUAUAAAUAAAAGAUUUCUAUCCCCAAAA